AUGAAACGUGCCGCUUUACCGUACGGACGAAGCCGUGCCGAGUUCAUUUAUAGCGAACACGUGGAGAGGUGCAGUCGUGGAAGCGGCAAGUCAGUCCGCAAGCUUUUACACACGCGCAAUUAAAAGCAUCGCAAAUUUUUAAUUCGUAAAGUAAAAGUGUGUUUUUUUCUCCUCAUUUCUGAGGGGUUAAAGUUCUUUCAUUUAUUGGUGUCGCACGUGCUGCGUUAAUUCCGUGCCUUACGAAGCGUAAUCGAUAAAUGGGCUGAGCCGCAUUCGCACGACGAUCGCCGCAGGAGUUCGAGUUCAGUUGAACUGAAUUUCGACAUUGGUGUAGCAACAAUUAAAUUUUAUAUUGGAUUACGCGACAUAAGAUAAAACGAAAUAAUUUAAAAUGGUGCAGACGGAAAAGCCCGCCACAGAAUUGGAUACUUUCCUGCCGCAGGACGGUUCUAUAUCCAAUGGAAACAAAUAUAAGGUUACGAAAACUGACCUGGAAAAUGGAGCAAUCAACGGAGAUUUCGACCCGUUCAAGGCCCGUCAGCUCGAUCAUCCCGUCUCGGACUGUGAUACUUUGACGCAUUUAUUGAAAGCGUCCCUUGGUACUGGCAUUCUGGCAAUGCCAGUGGCGUUCAUGAGCGCUGGCUUGGUUGUUGGUAUCUUCGCUACCAUCAUCGUCGCUGUGAUUUGUACUCAUUGUGCUUAUAUUUUAGUAAGUACCAUCAAUUAUCCCAUUUUCGCCAUCGAAGCGAUUGGUGUGGUCAUGCCGUUGGAGAACAACAUGGAAACACCCCAACACUUUGUCGGAUUAUGCGGUGUACUCAACCAGGGCAUGUCUGGUGUUACUCUUAUCUACAUCUUCCUCGGAUUCCUUGGAUAUUUGAAGUAUGGUGACCAAACUGAAGGUUCUAUUACUCUAAACUUGCCAGCUGAAGACGUUGCUGCGCAAGCUGUAAAGAUUCUGAUUGGUUUGGCUGUGUUCUGCACCUUCGGACUGCAGUUCUACGUCGCUUUGGAUAUUGUCUGGGUGGGAAUUAAGGAUAAAUAUGAAAAACGACCAAUGUUGGCCAACUACAUUCUAAGAACAAUUCUGGUUAUCCUGGCGGUGGCGAUAGCAAUCGCGGUGCCGACGAUAACACCGUUCGUGUCGCUCAUCGGCGCGUUUUGCUUCUCAAUCUUGGGCCUGCUGUGCCCUGUGUUUAUCGAAGUAGUUACCUUCUGGGAUAAAGGUUUCGGAAGGUAUUAUUGGAAAAUUUGGAAGAAUGUCAUCGUGUGCAUCGCUGGAAUGGGCGCGCUGAUAUUCGGCUCGAAAUCAGCCAUCGAAGACAUCAUCGCGAUUUACACGGAAUAAGUUCCUAACUAUUUUUAUUAGUAAAAUAUAAACGGUAUAAAAAUCUUAUCAAGAACCGGUUCGUACGCGAUAAAAGGACGUGUUUACCGUGAACAGAGAAGUGCACUUAGUUGAGGGAAUGUAUGAGAUAUACGUUAUUUUAUGCUGUGCAGUGGAGUAGAAUUAUACACAUUCAGUUAUGAUGAAGUAUGUUAAUACUUGCUUGGGAAAUUAAUCUGAUCAUUUUUCUUACAAUUGGCUCAACUACAAUGUCAUAUAUUAUGUUAUAACACACGAAUUGAUUUCUUAAGUUAAUUGCAAUUUAUUUUUUAACUUUUAAUAAUAAAAAAUAAUCAUUUUUUA